AUGAGCUACAGAAUGAUGUUCGGUACUGUGUUAUUUUUCUGUGCUGUGUGCUUAUGCUGGGGAAGUAGAGUGCUGGUGGUAUCGCCAGUGCCGAGCAGAAGUCAUCAACAAUUGACAGAUUCUAUUGUGAAGACAUUGUUGGAUGCUGGACAUGAGGUGACAUACAUAAACCGACUUACGGAGAUGAAGAGGAAACGACUAAAGGUCAUCACUGUCCGUCCAGAAGAUGGCCAAGAAUUAGAUGUAAAUGAUUUGAUAGAAAGACACCACACUAGCCACAAGACCCUAGAGCUGGGAGUGGUUCUGGCCAAACAAGUUAUCAAGAACGAAAAGGUACGAGAGCUGCUUCAAGACAACCAGGAGACAUUUGAUACGGUGAUUGCUGAGUGGUACUACACCGGACUACUUGCACCAUUAGCAGCCGUUUUUGAAUGUCCUCUGAUUUGGUACACCGCAUGCGAUGCCUCCUGGAUGACGUCACAGCUAAUGCUGGAGCAGACCAGUCCAGUGUACAGCACUGAUCUACUGUCCUCUGAAGCGGCCUUGCCUCCUUAUGGCUUUCGGGAGAGGGUGAUGAGGCUGGCACGUCAAGUGUAUCUAAGUGGUUGGAUCACUUACAUGAUCCACUACGUCGAGUCUCCUGCUUAUUACGAACUCUAUCAAUCGGUGCUCCAGCAUAGAGGCCUUUCUCCGUCCCAAUACGAAAGAGUACUCUACAAGGCUUCCUUGUUACUUAUCAAUUCUGAUCCCGAAAUUGGCCAAAUAUUACCUCUUCCCCCCAAUACUAAGUACGUUGGAGGACAUCAUAUUGAAUUGCCAUCCAAAGCCUUACCGCAGAACUUGCAAGAUUUAUUAGACAAUGCCAAACACGGAGCAAUAUUGUUCAGCGCGGACAGUAAGAUCUUGCCUUGGUACGUCAAAAGAACUUUGCUGCAUGUCUUCAGUCAGUUCGACCAGAUCACCAUGUGGGAGACAGGAGAGCAGCUGACGGAUAUACCCGAUAAUGUUUAUGUAUUUAAACAGCUUCCUCGGCUCCGCAUCUUAAACCACAAUAAUACAGUUUUGCUGAUAACAAAUGGUGGAACUACUUCUCUACUCGAAGCAGCGUAUUUCGGUGUACCAGUCAUUGGCAUACCAUUAUACCAAGAUCAAUUCGUGACCAUGGAUUUAGCUCACGCGAGAAGACGAGGGAUCAAAGUCAAAUUCAGUGAGCAUAUCGCACACAAGAUCAAGGAUUCCGUGAACAAGAUUCUUAGCAACAAUAGUUACCACAAAAACGCAGAAAAAGUCUCAAUCUACCUUCAGAGCACACUCGAGCCCCAACGACAAAUCCUUCAUUGGAUCGAGCUGGUGAUAAAGACUGGUGGAGCUCCUCAACUGAGGUCUCCAGCUCUCCUUCAAUUGACUACUCUGCAGAUGCUCAAUAUAGACGUUCUGCUGCUACUGUUCAUGUUUGUCUGGUUCUUAUCUAAAGUGCUAAAGGUAAUACAAGUGCACUGGAGGGCUGAUGUUCUUGACAACAAGAAGAACGAUUAG